UAAACAUUGGACCUGACCCAAGUGUUCAUAUUUAUUCGCAUAACUGAACUUUUCCAGUAUGUUGAACAAGCACGGGGCAACUAUUCAACUUUGCAAGGAUUAGAGUGGAAACCCCUUUUGUCUUGAGGGAAAAAAAAUAAAGGGAGAAGCUCUCCUGAGAAGCAUAUAGCACCAGCGGAACACGGGAACGGCGGAAGCAAACAACUAGAAAUUCCCCAGCCCGGUUCUUUGCGUGCGGUUGAUCUCGUCGGAGGCCCGGCCGCGGUUCCCCAAUCCGCCAUCGAAUUCGAUGGCGGCCAACGCCGGGAAUAAGAUCCGCAACGCCAAGCUGGUUCUUCUUGGAGAUGUGGGCGCUGGCAAAUCUAGCUUGGUUCUUCGGUUUGUUAAGGGACAGUUUGUUGAAUUCCAGGAAUCAACAAUUGGAGCAGCCUUCUUUUCCCAGACCUUAGCGGUCAAUGAUGAGACUGUUAAGUUCGAAAUCUGGGAUACUGCCGGGCAGGAGAGGUAUCAUAGCUUGGCUCCCAUGUACUAUAGGGGUGCAGCUGCUGCCAUUGUUGUCUAUGACAUCACAAAUCCGGCCUCCUUCACCCGUGCCAAGAAAUGGGUUCAAGAACUUCAAGCUCAAGGAAAUCAGAAUACCAUAGUGGCUCUUGCUGGAAACAAGGCUGAUAUGCUAGAUGCGAGGCAGGUGCCAGCAGAGGAAGCAAAGGCGUAUGCUCAGGAGAAUGGGCUCUUCUUCAUGGAGACAUCUGCUAAAACUGCAAUCAAUGUGAAUGACAUAUUUUAUGAGAUUGGUGAGAUGAGUACCAUCCUAAAUCUGUUAGUUUGGGCAGUACAUGGGCUGAGAAUCAGUUGUACAGCAAAGAAAUUGCUUCAAGGGCAACAAGCUCCAAGCCCACAGGCUGGAAUGGUUCUGAAUCAGAGACCAAAUGAGAGGACGGUCAGCAGUUCUUCAUGCUGCUCUUGAGCUGUGUUUCAACCUCGUAGUGCCGUUAUCAAAUGUAUCAGAGGAGGUUUAUGGAAAAUAUCCCAUGUCGCUUGUGUGGCUGCCUUUCAGGCUGACGUGCUCCCAUUCUGCUCCUCAUUUCCUUUCACAUGUUCGUCAUGUAAAUGCCAAUACUAAAGUGUCACUGCAUGGGCAGAAGUGUUACCAAAGUGUUGAUUGUGCUCUUAUCAUUUGAUUAAGCCCCUGCUUAAGUUCUCAAUUUUGCAUAUAUACAUGGUGGAGUUUCAUUUGAA